CAGGUUUGGACAGUGAGGAGAUUUGAUGAGAACAGCGCGUCUGUUGAUUUUUAAACAGCUAAGCUAGCUACAUAAAUCGCCUGUUAGCUUGUGAGCUACGUAGCAGCUAACUGGCUAACUCUCCAAAUCCUAAACAAUGGGAUGUUGGUUAGUGAACAUCUGCUACAUUAGCUAGCGCUCUUCGUUUGUGUGCAGCAUUCUGCUCUUUUUUUGUGUUCAAACGUAUUACAGGGAUGCCCAAGGAAAAAUAUGAUCCGCCUGACCCGAGGCGGAUGUACACAAUAAUGUCAAGCGAGGAGGCGGCCAGCGGGAAGAAGUCAUACUGGGCCGAGCUGGAGAUCAGUGGCAAAGUAAGGAGUCUAAGCACGGCGUUGUGGUCUCUCACUCACCUGACUGCGCUUCACAUCAGUGAUAAUUCCCUCUCACGCAUCCCGCCCGACAUUGCCAAACUACACAACCUGGUGUACCUGGACCUCUCGUCCAAUAAGAUCAGGAGCCUGCCCGCCGAGCUAGGCAACAUGGUAUCUCUCAGGGAACUGCUUUUAAAUAAUAACCAGUUACGAGUUCUACCUUUUGAGCUUGGGAAACUGUUUCAGUUACAAACAUUGGGUUUAAAAGGAAACCCACUUGCACAAGACAUCAUGAACCUCUACCAGGAACCCGAUGGGACACGCCGGCUCCUGAACUACCUGCUGGACAAUCUUGCAGGCACUAAGCGCGUCUCCACAGAACAGCCCCCUCCUCGCUCUUGGGUACCUCUUCAGGAGCCUGACAGGACACGACCAUCAGCCCUGUUCUCUGUGAUGUGCUACAAUGUGCUCUGUGAUAAGUACGCCACGCGCCAACUCUACGGCUACUGCCCCUCCUGGGCCCUCAACUGGGAGUACAGGAAAAAGUCCAUUAUGCAGGAGAUUCUAAACUGCAGCGCAGACAUCAUCAGCCUACAGGAAGUGGAGACAGAGCAGUACUACAACUUCUUUUUGGUGGAGUUGAAAGAGCAUGGCUAUGAGGGCUUCUUCAGCCCAAAGUCUCGUGCCAGGACCAUGUCUGAGUCUGACCGCAAACACGUGGACGGCUGCGCCAUCUUCUACAAGACAGACAAGUUCAGCUUGGUGCAGAAACACACAGUGGAGUUCAACCAACUGGCCAUGGCCAAUUCUGAGGGGUCAGAGGUGAUGUUGAACAGGGUCAUGACCAAGGACAACAUUGGGGUUGCUGUGCUCCUGGAGCUGCGCAAAGAAAUAAUGGAGCAAUCUGCAGGAAAGCCCUUGCAUGGUAUGGAGAAGCAGCUGGUGUUGGUGGCCAAUGCCCACAUGCACUGGGACCCAGAGUACUCGGAUGUGAAACUUGUCCAGACCAUGAUGUUCCUGUCGGAGGUGAAGAACAUUGUAGAUAAAGCCACACGCAGCCUCAAGCUCUCAUCUGUAUCGGGAGAGACCAACGCCAUCCCGCUCGUCCUGUGUGCUGAUCUGAACUCACUGCCUGACUCGGGUGUUGUAGAGUACCUGAGCACAGGCGGUGUGGAUAGCACUCACAAGGACUUUAAGGAGCUGCGCUACAUCGACUGCCUGACCAACUUCAACUGCAAUGGCAAAAAUGGCACGUCCAGCACCAGGAUCACGCACGGCUUCAAGCUGAAGAGUGCCUACGAGAACGGCCUGAUGCCUUACACCAACUACACCUUCGACUUCAAGGGCAUCAUUGACUACAUCUUCUAUUCUCAGCCCCUGCUGAACGUGCUGGGUGUGCUAGGCCCACUGGACCCGCACUGGCUCCACGAGAACAAUAUCACCGGCUGCCCCCAUCCCCACAUCCCCUCCGACCACUUCUCUCUGUUUGCACAACUAGAGCUGGUCCUGCCCUACCCGCCCGCCGUCAACGGCAUCCACGUGCCUGGCCGCAGGUAGUUCUCCGAGCCAGCAGGGGGAGCUCCCGCCCACGCCUCACCUGCUCUCUGCUCAGGGAGAGAGGCUCAAAGCUCGAUGUGUAUAAAUCAGAAUCCAAUAGGAGGAGCUGGGGUAUGGCUAAACUUUUAUUCCCAAUGGAUUUUAACUGAAGCAGACGCUUAUUUGUCAGUCUUAUCUGUACCACCUCCCCCCUCUGUAUUAUUAUUUUUGUUUGUUUUUGUUUCUUUUGUUCCUUUUUCUGGGCACAAUUUAAUGUUACUUUCUCCUCCUACACUAUAUCCCAAUCCCAGAUUAUUCAUGAGUAUUCCUUGUAAAUUUUACCUAAAGAGAGAGACAAUGGUCAAUGCUUUUAUAAAUAAAAUAUGGCAAUACCUUUUCAGAUACGUGCAGGGAGUCCAGAUCAAGCAAGUUCAUCAGAUAUCGGUUUUGGACCAUGCCUCUUUUUGUCUGAUACCAGUUCGGAGCAAGCAGCUAAAUUAGACGGAAACCACUAAAUCGCACCAGCUUAAGAGAGUGAGGGAGAGGAUUGCGUAGUCCGUUCUCCCAGAAUGCCCUUCUGACCUAAAGGGCUUCUUAAAUGUGUGCACAGCGUGAGAGCAGGUCGCACUCUUACCUUCACACGUCAUAUGGUGCUGAGGCAUCUCUUGAAACCCGAAGCUCUCCUCACCCUUUUUGUGAACACCACCCAAGCUUUGGCCUUUGAAGGCUGACUGCAUCCAUCAAAGUGAAGCAUGGGAGUUUUUAGAGAGAUGCCCAUGCCCAAGUCAUCCAUGCCAUGUGUUUUUUAAUCUGGAUCUUACUGCUUUUAGUGGAAGUUUAUUUCAAAGCCCAUAUUUACAGCCCUGAUAUUUACUGCAGAGUAGAGAAGUUGGUGUAGCAGGAAAAAGGGAAGUGAUCUGAAACGGGCAGCUGUGUUAAUGGCAUGUGUAGGUGACUGCAGCCUAUGUACCUAAAGCACUGCUGAAGCCCCCAGGGCUGUUUUGAAUUAGGCAGGGUGGCACAUGGCAAUGAAGGCACCACAAUAAGUAAAGCGUUCUUAUUCUUAUACUCAUGCUCAGUCUUAGACAGUCAGGCUAGCCUCACACACUCUGGCCACUCAAUACAUUGCCUUGCUAAGCCCAGGCACCCUUCCCCUUUUUUUCCUUUAUUUUGGGUGUGCUUUUGUGUUGCUCCCAGGUAUUUGUGAGUUGACUUUGGAUUUGGGGACUCCACGAUUGUAUACAAACCACAGAAGUCCGGACUUUUUCUUUUGUGUGUUUUUGUUUUGAUGUUUUGUGCGUGUAUAUAUUCAAAUUCCGAUUCGGAUGAAAAAUGAUUGUAUUGUAAAUGAAAGCUAAAUUUCUAUCUGUUUUAAGGUGUUUUGAACCUAACAAACAUGCAGAACGACCAGCAUGUAAACAACAGGAGGAAGAAAACAACUUUUCAGGUUUUUUGCUGUGUAAAUUUGCACUUGUCCAGGUCCUUUUGGUUUAUUCCUCCUCCUUUCCUUUCAGUGUAUCACUUCUUUUAUUUUAUUUCUCCCCCCCCUUUUUUUCUUUAAUUCUUCUUAACCAAAAGCAUUGCUGCAUAGAGCCUGGUGUCCGGUUAUGUGCCCCUUUUUCUUUUCUUUGUUGGUGAGAACAUGCAGCAUUGUGCCUCACUGUUUUCCAUUCCUUCAAGCACACUGCCAGUGCUCUCCUGGACACCUAAACAGCCUCCGUUUCCUCAAUCAUCUUUCCCUCCAAUCUGAUUUUUUUUUUCCUCCUUAUUCAGGUUUUCAUUAACACACUUUAUAGUGACUGUAGAGUAGUUUUUCUUCCCAGAUUUUCUUAAUUUUAUAUUUAUUUUUCUGCUUUCUCAAUUUACUGCCACUUCCUCGCUCUCGACUCAGGCAAUUCUCUUUUACUGCUUUCUUUUUCCUUUGUGUAGCUUUUUGUAGCUUUUAUUUUUAUUUUAUUUUUUUUUGCUGUUGUCUGUGCAGAACUUCUGACUUCUGCUACACCACAGGCGGCUCUCUCCUCUCUUCUGUGUUGUGCCAUCCAAUACGUUCUGCUGCGAGGCCAAGUGUAAAGCUCCUAGUCCAUCUCCUACUGUAAAACUUUUUCUGACCUGAGGAACACAAGCAUGGCUGCCACUGUGUUUGUGCUAGGCAAAGUGAUCGGCCACUACCAAACACAGUCCACGUCACUGAUUGAUUGCUUGAUAUAUGUGCUCACAAGGCCAAUCUGUUUUUCUUUUUCUUUUUUUUUGUGGAUUUGUUUUCCCUCCCUCAACCCAUUUAUUCAUUAAAUUUCCUCCUUAAAUUUGUCAUGUUUUAAAAAUGGAAUGGAUUGACAAGCACUUAUUGUAGAUCACUAGUGCAGCUACUCAUUUCCCUCCCUUUAUUUUUUUAUUGAAAAGAUACUUUUGCCAUGAGGCAGAGGUCAAUUUUAAUGACUUUUACCGAACAGGGGAAAGGCAUUACAUAGGGCGGUUCACCCCGUCACACUGUUGGUGUCCGUUUCAGUUCCCCUUUAACUUUUGUUUCUGUUCUUUCCCCACCCUCACCCUCUCCCUUCCUUGUUUGGGUUGUUUUUAAUCAAAAGCAACUUGUCUGGUUAUUAUAUUGGAUUGCUGAUGGUGUUGUCGUAGCUAAAAAGAGAUUUUUGUAAAGUGUGAAUAAAUUAUGUAUCGCGUUUCCUUUCUUUGACAUGAAUUGUGUUGAUGUGUGUAUCAUAAUUGAUAUCUAAUAGUUGUUUUUUUGUCAUUCUUUUCAUUUUGCUCUAUUUUGUUUUUUGCUUUUUUUGUAAUACUCAAAACCAAAUUUUUGUAAAGAUGUUGGCACACUGAAUUAUAGAUUUAUAUGGUUGCUAACUUUCACUUCGAGAUACUUUUAAGAAAAUACUUCAAUGAAAUCUAGACUAAAGUCACAGAGAAAUAAAGAGCUGUCAUUUGUCACCAAACGAGAUUUCUUCAACUUUUGACCUUAAGCUUUAUGUGGCGUAUUCACCUGGUUGGAGAGCUUGUGUUUGAUUAGCGGAAAGCUAACGCUAAGGUUCCUUUGAGUUAGUGAGAAGCGUGGCGGGCAGGCGGUGCAGCGCAGCCUUUUCCCUGCCUCCUGCUCUGCUUUCCUGUUGUUGAUGUCUUAAGGUUGUUUCUCACUCGCUCACACAGAGAGGGAAAAGUGAAGUAUAGGGUGAGAAUGUGGAGGCAGUGCGGGCAUGAAUCAACACACUUGCUCUCCUCUUUUUCCUCUCUGUGCACUCUGUCUUCUGUCCAUUUCCCUGCUUUUCCUUCAGCACUUGGAAAGCCAGUCACUUCUGAUAGAACUGCAUGUUUUUAGCAAUUGUUUAGCAAUCAUCGCUGUUGAUAUGUCCUAGAUGUCCUAGCUUUUUCUUUCCUUUCAUUAUCUCUUUUCUUUUUUUAAGCUUUUCAUUGGAAAGAAUUACUUCAGGUGGUGUCUUGUGAAGAACAAGCGAACUUUAGCGUCACACUAUCAUGUCAACUUAACUCGAAACUUGGCAAUAAUGACUUCACCACAGUUCCACGCUUUUUCUUUCACCUGUUCAGAUUGACCAACUAAGCAGAACUGUCUGGCUUUGCCAUAUAGAUGUCCUCUCUCUUUCAUUUCGCUGUUUUUCAUGGUCUGUUUUAUACCUUCUUGCUCUGUCAGUAGGGGUAGUUGUGCAAUGGUCAGGAUUGUGGUUGAUUCAGCUGGAAGUCAAUAAGUAUUUAGGCAAUGUCACUAUUUGAUGCACUGGACCAACUCUUGUUUACCAUUUAUGGAAUACCAGCAAAACACUUGCACAAUGUUUUAAAAAGAAUGUUACGUAUAUAUAUAAAUAUAUAUGAAAAGAAUAUAGAUAUAAAAAAAUAAUGGCAGCUGUUUUUAUUCCGAUAUAGUUUGAAGUGUUUAAAAAAAAAAAACCUAAUGGUAAACAAGGCGUUUUGGAUUUUACCGUUUCUCCUCCAGUUCUCUUGGUUCUUCUCCUCUUCUGAGUAGUGAUGUGUUUAUAACAGGGUCAGCUUGUUUCCUUUACACCUCUGUAUUUUUUCCUACUCAUGGUCAAAUAAAUUCUUUAUCUGUUUCA